AUGAGAGCCCCGUGGCUCGUUCUGAUUCUUGCCAAGAUCCUGAACCUGGAGCAGCUGGCCCUCGGGGACGUCGGGUGUCACCGUAACGACACCGUCUUAACCAUCCUCGGUCAAAGGUCGACGGAGACCCUUUCCAGACGCAGGAGGCUGACGUUUCCAAAGGGCAGCACUUUCGUGAUGACUCUGUCCACUCUGCAAUCGAUUCAACUUCCACUGCCCAGCAACUGGUAUCUGGAUUUCGAGUUUGAUUCUAUCUGGCCUAUACCGACCCAAGACAACUACAAGAGCUACAAAAAGAAAUAUUUCUUCAAGAAACAAUCGUGGAUCAAGCGACGACAUCGUCGAGAACUGUACGCUAAUUUCGAGGAGGCUUUGGACAGUCAAAAUUUGCCGGGACGAGAGUGCGUUUUAAGGACGAUAUGCGAGGCGAGAACGUUACUGAGCCCACCAGGAGUUUCGUUCAUCGAAGACGCCAUUCGACUAAUUUUAAGAAACGUCGAGAAUGUAGCCAAAACUGAUCACUACGACGCUGCUUAUAGAAACAAGGCUCCCUGCGACGUUGCUUACUCUUGCCCUUUCUCAUUGUUAAAACUACUAUUAUUUAACUUGUACUCCGACACUCUGGCCUGA